GUACAAGUCUUUGGAAUUUAGCAGCUGCCAAAACCAGAAGUUGAACUGUGUUAACAAUGUCUUCUCUUGAGUCAAGGGAGUAGGAGUAAGAAGAACUCUCACUAAGCAUCUUUCAUUCCUACAACGACAUCAAUCUACUACAUAUUUAUCUGGUCUUGAAAAAUUCGCAUUUACACAUUCUUAUAUGUGUACUAGCCAGCUACAGGGCUAGCAACAGUUCUGAAGCGGCAGAUACAUUUCUUUGUAAAUAAUUAAAUCAAAAAUCAAUUUUAAGAAAUAAUCAUCAAAAUUUUUGCCGUAGGAUCUCGGUCAUGAGAUUUUGGACAAUUGAGUCUGUUAUAUGCAAUUAUAGUUUAGUCAUAAUAAAUUCACUAUGAAUUCGGAACAAUGUUUCCGUGAUUUAAAUACACGGAGUAUUUCAACCAGUAAAAAUACCAGUCAUUAUUCGUCACUAGUAUGCAACAGGGUGAAAACAUGCUUCUCGGAGGAAAUAUCUCGAAGAGCGAAAACGUUUCGUUCCAUUCGAAUAUCUCGCAAUUCAUUUCUUUUGAAUCUGCUGGUUUUCUUCUGUCUAUUAAAAUACACUUCAGGAACUGAAUGUUCUUUUAUGGAUGGGAAAUGUACUUAUAACAUACGCCUGGCUCCACCACAAUCGAUAACAGAUGGGUCUAGUGGAGGUGGAGAUCAAUGUAAACGCUACCCACCGGCAAAUUUCAGGCAAUUCAGCGGCACAGAAGAAAGUCAGAACGAUUACGCAGAAAAAAUGACACACAUUGUGAAGGAUUUCGAUGUCAUUAAAGACGAUCAUGAAAGUCGUAUCAGAGAGCUAGAAAACUAUAUAAGGAAGUCUCUGUCUAGAGGCGGAGAACCUGAUGUGUUGAAAGUGGCGACGAAUAUAAAAUCGAAGAUAAAACAAGGCUCUUCUGAAUCAGGUGGUUACGGUGAAAAUGGUAUCCCAUUUGAUACUACUGAAGGCAAUUUAAUUAAAAGACUUCACGAUCAGUUUGCAGCGAUACGGAAACUCAAUCGAGACAAAUCGCAGUCAUUGCGUGUGAUGAACUACAAGUUGAACGAGACACGCCAAAAAUUAGCUGAUACACAAAAUAACCUCCUGUUGACCAGAGAUCAACUAUUGCAAAACGAAGAAGCUCUAAGUAGGUUGCAAGAUGAUAAGUAUAUUUUACAAAACCAACUGAAAGACAGGAGCGAAAGACUAGAUCGAGCGGAAAAACGAGCAGAUGCAUUAGAAAAAAAGAAUAAAGAGACAGAUGAGAAACUGUUGACACUUAUUCGAUCAGAGAAUAUUCUGAAAGAAGAAAUGUAUACAGCUCAAUAUAAACUGAACGAAACUUCACAGUUAUUAGCUGAUGCUCGAAAUCAGUAUCGCCAGUUAGAUGUGGAUUUUGUACGCCUCAUUUCCGAAAUCAGCAGGAGGGAGAAAGAACUGAAGUUGUGUUAUAAAGCAAAAACUCAGACGUUCUGUGGAUUUGAGGAUGAGUCUAUAUGUGGCUUUGAGCAAGAUAAUGGUACAGAUUUCUUUGAUUGGUCGCGGAGUAAAGGUGCAACUCCAUCUACAGGAACAGGCCCUGAAAAUGAUCAUACAUGCGAAUCUCCAAACGGGCAUUUCAUGUUCAUCGAAGCCUCAGCUAAAGGACGUGGACACAGAGCCAUUCUCAAAUCACCAAUUUACAGAGCCUUCAACGAACAAUGCGUUCAAUUCUUUUAUCAUAUGUAUGGCAAUCAUAUUGGUACUCUUAACGUUUUCACACAGACUAAAAUGGAAACAGAUCCUCGGGCCGUAUGGAGAGCUUAUGGUAACCAAGGUAACGUUUGGAUAAAAGCGCGUCUAUCAAUUCCGAUAAACCUUGCCAAGACCGGAUAUCAAAUUGUCUUUGAGGGUUCAACAGAAACUGGUUACCAAGGAGAUAUAGCCAUUGAUGAUAUAAACAUACACGAUGGACCGUGUCCUAUCGAUGCCCAGAUAAAACCAGUAGCAGUUCCCGAUAUUGAUAUUGUUUCCCUAGCAAACAAUCAAACUGCUCUAAAAUCUAUUAAGAAGAGAAGACGGAAGCUCUUGCGUCAUUUCCGGCGGAGAAACGGCACGCGCCACGGUGAAUAAUAGUUAAUAGACACACAGAGAUAGUCUGCCAAUAAAAGUAUCUUGACGAAUAUAUAUAUAUACAUAUAUAUAUUCAUGAAUAUAUAUAUAUACACACACACGUAUAUGUAUAUAUGUAUAUGUAUAUAUAUAUGUAUAUAUAUAUAUGUA